CACGUGCCCCCAGAGCGGCCGCUGCUCCCCACCCUCACCAGCCAGUAUAAAAGCACUGCCCAGGCUGAGAGCUGCCAUCCACCGCUCCUGCCUUGCUCUGCUCAGGAAAAGGGCUCAGCUCUCUCACACCAAGAUGUCUUGCUACGACCUGUGCCCACCAAGAACCAGCGUGGCCGUCCCCCAGCCCAUCGCUGAGAGCUGCAACGAGCUGUGUGCCCGCCAGUGUCCCGACUCUUCAGCCUUCAUCCAGCCACCGCCUGUGGUUGUCACCUUCCCCGGCCCCAUCCUCAGCUCCUUCCCCCAGCAAGCCGUGGUGGGCUCCUCCGGAGCACCUGCCUUUGGGGGCAACCUGGGGCUGGGAGGCCUCUACGGUGCUGGGGCCACUCAGGCCUCGGGGGGUCUCUGCACCUUUGGCAGACCCUACGCUCCUGCCGCCUGCAGCCCUUUGGCUCUGCCCCGCUACACCCAGAGCCUGCGGAACUCCUGUGGGCCCUGCUAGAGCCAGCCCCACAUUCCCCAGAGUUCCUGGAACACUUCACCCUUAGGCCUCCUGCCGUUUUUUCUCCGAUUUCUCUCUAUCCAUGAUGCCUUUUCUCCUUGCUCCUUCCCAUGCCUGCAUGUGUAACUCCACCAGUGUUCCAUGAGGAAAUUGCUUAUAUCUAAUGCAGCCACUGCCUGGAGAAAGCCUGAAGGAAAACCUCUCCUGAAGCCCAGAAGGAAAAUCAGCAUGUUUCUGCCUUAUGUUUAUUUCUGUACUGCAAUAAAACAAGCAUCCAUUCAA